AUGGCUAGACUCUUCACCAAGAUCUAUAACAAGGUGGCCAGUGUGGAGAGAGGAGUGGAGGGCUUCUGGGCCAGUGGGCUGUGGCCUUUGGAGAAGGACAUCUUCACGGAGGCAGACUUCAUGGUCGCUGAGGUUAUAGAGGAGCCUGAGCCCAUUGCCACUACCAGCUCUACCGCCGCCACCUCUACCGCUGCUACCUCUACCGCCGCCACCUCUACCGCUGCCACCGAUGCAGCUACCAGCUCUACCGCUGCCACGUCUACCGCCGCCACCUCUACCGCUGCAACCGAUGCAGCUACCAGCUCUACCGCUGCCACCGAUGCAGCUACCAGCUCUACCGCCACCACCACUAGCUCUACCUACACCGCCACCAGCUCUAACGCCAAAACCUCUACCGCCACCACCACUAGCUCUACCUACACCGCCACCAGCUCUACCGCUGCCACCGAUGCAGCUACCAGCUCUACCGCUGCCACCGAUGCAGCUACCAGCUCUACCGCCGCCACCUCUACCGCCACUACCACUAGCUCUACUUACACCGCCACCAGCUCUACCGCUGCCACCGAUGCAGCUACCAGCUCUACCGCCGCCACCUCUACCGCCACCACCACUAGCUCUACCUACACCGCUACCAGCUCUACCGCCGCCACCUCUACCGACACCACCACUAGCUCUACCUACACCGCUACCAGCUCUACCGCCGCCACCUCUACCGCCACCAGCACUAGCUCUACCUCUACCGCCACCACCUCUACCGCCGCCACCUCUACCGCCACCACCACUAGCUCUACCUACACCGCCACCAGCUCUACCGCUUCCACCACUAGCUCUACCUACACCGCCGCCACCUCUACCGCCUCUACCGCCACCACCACUAGCUCUACCUACACCGCCGCCACCUCUACUGCCACCACCACUAGCUCUACCUACACCGCCACCACCUCUACCGCCACCACCACUAGCUCUACCUACACCGCUACCAGCUCUACCGCCGCCACCUCUACCGCCACCACCAAUAGCUCUACCUACACCGCCACCAGCUCUAACGCCAAAACCUCUACCUCCACCACAUCUACCUCUGCCACAACCUCCACCGUGCAGCCUACCCUUGCUCCAAAUGUUGCUGCAGCAGUUCUAUUGGAGUUGUGGCCGAGGCUCCAGGAGGCGAGGCAGAGGAAGAGGGAGGCAGAGUCUGUAGCUGUACUGACAGCCUCACCUUACAAAGUUUGCUGGAGGAAAAUGCUCGACAGAAACAUCAACAAGAAGAAAAGAGAGAGAUAUUGA